AUGGAAGCCUUAGGUAAGGCGACACCAAGAGACGCCACAGAAGGCACAGAUGAGGGCACCAUGGCACGAGCUAGUGGCAAUGCCGCCAAGACAGGUAGAGGUGUCAUAGGUGAGGGCGCGGUGGAGGUAGGCGCGAGCACUGUCGAGGUAGGCACAGGUAGAGAUGUCACGGGCUCCGGAGCCAUGGAGGCUGCCACAGAUGCGGGCAUAGAUAGAGGCACUGCAUGCACGAGCGAGGGCGCCCAAGUAAGCGUGGGCACAUGGGCAGGUGCAGGCACGGGUGCUUGGGCAUAA